AUGGCACCUUCAUCAGCCUUCAGCCAAAUUUUCCCCCUCAUCCUCACAUUAGUCGUUGUAGGCAGCAUCGGUUUCGUGGUCUAUCAUAUCUAUCUGGCGGCCCUCCAAUUCCGCGACCACACGGCCCAGCGCAUGGAGCGCAAGAACCUCGCUUUUUCCAAAGACGGCGGACUGCGCGUUUCUGUGAAAGACGUGGGCGACGAAACCUACCUGGACCGGACGCAGAGCUGGUUUGUCAAGGCGUGGGAGCUGGGCGAGGAGGAGGUGAACGCGAACAAGAAGAGAAAGAAGACGGGGACGUUCCGAAAGGCGGCUUAG